AUGUGGUUGUUGCAUCGAUCAUCGAAGAAACAAGCCGAAACAGGAAGGAAACCGGUUAUCAGUAGGCGGAUUCGAAACGCUUUCAGCCCGGAAUCUCAUCCGGAAGGUUUCUUCUUGUCACAUUGAGUGUACUAUUAAUUAUGCCGUUUUAUUUAGGGAAUUUUAUAUUAUUUAAAAUGGCAUUUUUUGCAAGUUUUAGGGUUUUUUUAAACUUUUUUGAAGAUUUUAAAGGAUAACAUACAGUUUCAGAUGAAAAUAAUGAAGACAGUCGAUUGUCGCUAUAGAAUGAUUAAAAAUAUUGUUUUAGUAUGUUUGGAUUACAUCGGGAAUCAGUUUUACCAACAUUUUUAUAAAAUUUAUUUUUUUUUCAAGUUGAAUAUCAAAGUCGAAGUAGUUUCUGAUUUUAAAUACUUUUUUCAAAAGCCAACCUUACUUUUUUUAAAUUUUAGCCAUGAAAAACGUCCGCCUCCUAACCCUAGUCUUCUGCCUAAUCUUCCCUCGUUACACUCUAUCGUGCGCAGCUACUGGAGCUUCUCCUGGAACCACCCCGACCACUGACUAUUGCCCCACGGGUCCCUCAAACACAGCUGGCCUUACGACGAAUGGAGUGACAGCUCAGAAUGCUGGAGAUACCAGUACUCCAGUAGCCUACUCUUCAUCGUGCACGGCUGGAGAGAGAAACUAUUGGACUGGAGCAUCGUCGGCACAGCCAGACGACGAUGAAGCGAACGCUGAGAAGGCGCUGGGAGUUCAAUGUCCAACCCCGUCCAGUGUCUGCGUAUGUGAAUGUAAUGGAGUUUGUUGUACGGCUGGAUCAACUGCGCCCGAUACGAUCUCUUUUGUUCCAUAUUGUUCUGGAGGAUGUAAGUUGGUGAUUCUUUAGGCUUUAGAGUGUUUGAGGUUUUUCUAAAUUCAACAUUGCCAAUAAAUCAAAAAUUCGAUUUUUCGAUUUCAAACUUUUUAAAAUUUCAGCCUGUCAAAUGUACGCAGUGUUGGAGGGAGACGAAACCUCAUCCUUAACCUGUACUGACGGUUCAACCUACACCUAUUCUCAACAAUAUGCUAGCGAUGGGUCAUAUAACCCAUUGACCUCAGGCAACUAUCUUCAAGCCGCUUCUGUUUCCUGUAACGGGUGUUCUGGAAUCCAAACCGAUUCUUGUUCACCUACUACAGUAACCGGCUCUACCCCUAUCUCAUAA